AUGUCUCGUCCAAUCUCGUAUCUAGAAGACCUGUAUCGUCUACGUAACGCGGCUGGCUGCUACUCGUGCUGUCAGGUCGCGGGUCUGUACUCAGUGGACCUCUCGCGGGAGCUGUUGUGGAGGGCGCUGCGCAAACUCGUGCUGCAAUAUUCACAGCUGUCGCUACAAGUGUUCGCGAACGAGGGCCAUCACGAGAUCAGGCCGUUAGACUGCUACACAUUGGACGAGGUUCUCGAGGUCCGCGACGAUUGUGGCAUGCUGGAACUCAUUUCUGACAUCAACAAACGCUAUUUUAGUCUCAACGUUCAGUCUCCGUUGUGGAGGCUGAUUCUCGUGGGCAAAAACCGGCUAGUGUUUUACUAUGAACACCUGCUGUUCGACGGAACUUCGGGCAAAAACUUUCACAUACUGCUGCGGGACGCGCUGGCCGAGGCACUGGCCGAAAAGGAUGCCGUCGACGCUGCUGCGCCGCUAUUUGACCAUUCACGCGAUGUUCUUCCGGCGACCAACCCUGACCAGAUGGCUUUCGUAGAUUACCGACCGUCUGUGGCUUUUGCUGCGCGCGUGGUGUUUCACGAGUUUGCGCCCAGGUGGCUCAAAAGUCUGCUGCAGCCGUUUUCGAAGUUCCCCUUGAUUAUGGAUCUGUUUGAACGAAGAGACCUGGCCCGCCAGCCGGGCGUGGCAAACGACGUGUUCGAGCUCGUGCAACUGUCUCGAGAACAGGUUACUCACCUCGUUGCCCUGGCUCGCGAUCACGGCGUAAAACUCACCGCAUUGCUCGCCAUGAUGAUGCAUGUGUCAUUGCUGCCAACCGUGGGGAAUAAGUACACAGACACCUCAAUCCCUGUGAAUUUACGGCGAUAUAUGUUUGCAAAGCCAGGCCCGCCCGAGCUAGGCCUGUUCAUGGCUGAGGUCAAUGUAAAGCUGUUGCCGGCAGCAGAGUACGGCGUGGUGGCAGACGAAUGUAAUUGGUCGCUCGCCGCGGCGGUGCAAGAUCAGCUCAACCAGGGUCUUUCUUCCAGCAUGAAGCCGAUCGGACUGCUCAAGCACAUUAGUCCUCGUGAUUACCUGGAGUCCAAGCUGAAAUCACCGCGCACUACCACGAUGGAAAUCUCCAACCUUGGCACUGUAGCCAGCACCUCGCCCGUCAAGCUGUUGCGUCUUACCUUUGCACAGCCUUUGGGGCUGACCGGCCCCUAUUUCGGUGUCAAUGUUAUCGGCGCAGAUACUGGAGUCGACAUUGUGCUUGUCACGUCGUCAGAAAUGGCGCCCGAGCUGGCACAAGCGAAAGCUGCCUUUCUGCGCCUGCUGGAUAAAAUGCUCUAA